AAGUCUUCCAUGUUUGCCUCUUUCCCUCCACUCCCUCCUCUGUUCCUGAGAGUUCCACACCUCUCGCUAUUCCCACGCAUGUAUAUUAGCACAGUGUGGCUCUGAAGUUGCCUCAUCUGUGUCUUUCUGAAAGGGAUCAGAGGAGGAGAUGACGAUAGGCGAGAGGAAGGGAAACGGCGGUGCUCUUCCUCGUUAGCUUCGGAUCUCUGGUGGCUGCCGCUUCUGAUUGAUAAGAAGGUGGAUCGGCCCCUGGAUUUACCUGCAGUGGAGCAGCUUAAGUGUGAGAGAGUAUGGAAUUCCGGCCUGGUUUGACGGAUCCGAGUCACGGAGUAAGAGAAAUGUCUUCGGGAUCUUCAGAUCCGAGCAGUAGCACCAGCAGUGGUGAUUCCCAGAUUAAGCGCUGCGCAGAUUGUCGAACCACCACGACCCCUCUCUGGCGAGCCGGUCCUUGUGGUCCCAAGUCGCUCUGCAACGCGUGCGGGAUCCGGUACCGGAAGAGCAGACGAGCGGUGCCGGUGUCGAAGGAAGCAGGGACGGGAAUGAGGAAGACGAAGAGAGAGAUUGACGGCGGCAGUGGCGGGGAGAGGUUUGAGGUGUCCUUUAAGCUUCGGAUGUUGGGGCCGGGAUUGUGCAAGCCGAGAUCCAUGGUUCAGAAGCAGAGGAGGAGAAGCAUGCUUGGGGAAGUGGAGGAGGCCGCAGUCCUCUUGAUGGCCCUCUCGUCCGGCUUCCUACAUGCCUAGGUUUAAGUCGAACAAGACAAAACGACCUCCUUUUUUGGUGGAUGCAAUGUAGUGUUGUUGGCUCUAAUUAUCACUCUUGUGCUACUACUGUAUGAUGCUGCCAAGCGGUAUAGUGAAGCAUGUGGUUACCAUCUUAGUUAUAGUAAAACCUGGACUCCAAAACAGCGAUGAUAUCACCAAUUACUUUUGUGGUCGAGUUGGUGAAGCUUUGCUGCGUUGGAGCUCCUCGAAUAAUAAUAGUUUGUAGGUUCUAUCUAAAUAGUUUGCCGACUGAGAAGCUAAAACGUUUGUGCAUUUGGGGACC